AUGGCCGAGCAGGUUGGCCGUGAGGCCGAGAUGUUUGCAGAGAAGCUUGAUCGCUUCUUAGACGACCAUCCAACGUCGGACCCAACGCGAGAAAAGUACGAGGCAAUACUCGAUUUGGUGGAAGGCUUCAAGGGGAUAGCAGAAGACGCUGUCAAAUCACUACAGAAGAAUCAUGAGCGUGAUGUGGCUUUGCAGCUCCGCAAGGAGUGGAAUGAGAGACAUAAGCUUCCGACGCAAAGUACGGCUCUCAUCCCCACUACAGAGUUGGGCUCUGAGCCACCUCUGUCGAAGGAUAGGGCGAAGAAAGUUCAGGAGUCGAGGCAAUGGCAACAGGAGGCGGACAUCUGGGAGCUUUUCCGGAUUAUGCUCGAGCUACACCACAAUCCAGACCCGGACGCGGUAGAGCGAGCGAGGCAGCAUGCGUUGGAUCGGUUGGGGAAUGUGCAUCGGUACAGAGGCGAAGAGGAUGUUUUCUCUCACUUCGUGUUGCAGAACGACCUGGCGCGCGAGCGACUAAUGGUGAAGAGAUGGUUGGAACAGACUGUGGAUCAUCAAGAGACAGAUCUGAGCGGAAUCUCGCAGGAGCUAGAGUCGAAGACAAGCCGAGGCAGAGGCAUGUGGAAGAAUGGCUGGAUGCAUACCCGCGAGAAGAUCAAGAGCGAGAAGAGGACGCGCUCGUGGUCGAACGCGCCUGGUGGGCCUCUACCGCACAUCAAGCGCAAGGACAACACCCAGCUCUUAGUCACCACUCUAGAUCCCGACGCAGCCUCGCGGCAGGGACGAGCACUGGAGAAGGAAGACGAGUACUUCGACCGAGCUGUGUGGAUCACCUGCUGGGAGAUGCUUCGGAGAGGCAAGAAUUGGGGAGAGGUCAGCGAUUGGUGUGAGAACCAACGUGAAGGUUGGCGAGCAAUGUCUCUCGGAAUGGCUACGGACCCAGCGGACACUCUCACCAAAGCAAAUUGGCGACAUAUGUGCUAUCUCGCCUCGCAAGCUGACACUUUCGGAGACUACGAGGCCGCAGUCUAUGGUCUCCUGGGAGGCGGAGUUGGUGCACUGCAAAAGGUCUGCCAGAAAGUUGACGACAAGCUUUACGCUUACUACAACGCCGCGCUCAUACGGCAAUUCGACCAAUACCUAGCAACUCACUUUCCGGACAGGGCACCUCCAGCUCGACGUGGUUUGGGCGACGAUGUGCUCAAGGAUCCUCAGGAGCAGAUUGUCGAACUCAUUGAGAGGUUGAGGAAGCAGCCAGAGACCAGCACAGAAGCAAUCAAACCGAUGAAGAUCAUUCAAAGCUAUCUGUUGGCCAACGAUGUGGGCAGCAUGAUCCACACAAUGGGCUACGCCAUAGCGGUCACGGACUCUUUGCGCAGUGAUGAGGACCACCUGAUUGUUCGACUGAAGCCCUUCUGGUCUGGUCAGGGCAAUCAGCCGGAAGCAGAGGUCGCGCUCGACCCGCAGACUUUGAGGAUUGCUACUCUCAUGAGUAUCAUCCUGGCCGAGCUAAGGACCGGUACUCUCGAGCAAGACGAGCGCGAUGCAGAGGAUAAUGUGACUGUGGCGUACGUUCAAUACCUACGCGACGCUCGAAAUCGAGACAUCAUCCCUCUUUAUGUCUCGCGCUUGUCGCCCACCAGACGCAUCGUCACCAUGGCCGGCUCGCUGGAGGAUGUCAAGUCUCCAGGUGAGCAAGAGUUCAUGCUCAGUCUGAUGAGGAAGUACGACAUGGACUACAUUCAGAUCCUGAACACAAACCUCGGUUAUCUACUGAGACGAUAUAUGAAUCCUCCACUGGAUAGUGUCACACCCUUCAGAUUGCUCGAGAAAACGGAUGACCCGCUAUACCCAGGACAACGUGUGAACCUCAAGGCCUUCCCUGAAACUUACCCGACUACGGAUGAGGCCAUUGUUGGAGCCUUGCAGUGGUUCAAUAUCAUCGAGGGGCACUGGGAUCAGACAUUCCACAGCAUGAGCAUUGCGCUACGCAAGUGCUUGAUGGCUGGCAGUCUUGCAUGCGCACUGAGAAUUGUCUCAGAGUUCCCAUACGAUGACCUGUCGAAGCGAAAGACGUACCAAGUCAUUGGAAAAUCAGUCAAUUUGGCAACAUAUGGGGAAUUCCCAGAGGCAGAGUAUGACACUUGGAGUACGCUCGCAAGUCAGGCACAGUCCUACCAUGACCUGACGCACGUCGUCGAGGUCCUCAAGACGUUCGUCUACUACCGACAGCAGGAAGCUCAGUACACUGAAAAGGCGAUGAAACUGUCAGCAGCUCCGUUGGAUCUCAAGGAAGCCAAAGAGCAGGUCGACGAUUUCAUGGAGCUUGUUCUGCACGGGAAUCUCUUGACUACCCCAAUAACCGAGGACGAGGAACGUGGUCUGGAAUACAUCCGCAAGCAGUACAUCCCGGAAAUCCUCAUCGCGUACAACACCGUUCUGCACAGUGCCGGAGCUGCCAUCUCUCGCGAGAACCUCAUCCAGUCGAUGGACCUGUCUGUGACCAUUGCCAACACCGAGGUUCUCGUCGAGGCCGUCAAGAAAGAGGGUAGGAUGCGGGAGCUGGUUGAUUCAUUUGCAGAGACUAGCAAGAAGAUGUUGAUCCUGAAGGCGGAGGGCAAGCCGUGGCGGCCACGCAAGGAUCGCGAAGGCAAAGACUUGGGAUUGUGGGAGAUCGGACCGCCGCAGAGCUUUGAGAACAACCAUGAAGUCUCCAUCUAG